AUGAGUGACGAAGAAAGCCAACAAAGUUCAUCGGAAGAAGAGACUGAGAAAGAAAAAAGGGAAAAGGAAGAAGAACGUCGACGCAGAGAGGAAGAGGUAGCUCAAGAAAGACAGCGUAAACUAGAGGAGAAGAAACGUAAAGAAGCUGAAGAAGCCUCGAAGAAACAACGUAAACCUGGUCAGAAGCGUAAAGGUUUAGGUGGUUUGUCGAAAGAGAAAAAACGACUGUUGAAACAACUGAUUAUGCAAAAAGCUGCUGAUGAAAUGAAAGCUGAGAUGAAACGCCGACAGGAAGAACGUGAGAACUUUUUACGUGGAAAAGUAGAGCCCUUGAAACUUGAUGGUCUUGGUGAAAACGAUUUAAAUGCUAAAGUGAAACAGUUGUACGAACGUGUUCGACAACUCGAAGGUGAUAAAUACGAUUGGGAAGAAAAGUUAAGACGUCAAGAUUUUGAGAUCAAUGAAUUAACAAUCAAGGUUAAUGAUGUAAAAGGCAAAUUCGUUAAACCAGUUUUAAAGAAGGUAUCCAAAACUGAAAGUCAUAUGGCACGAUUUGAGAAGAAGGAAGGUGGACAUUCACUUUCUUCUUUUCGUAGUCAACUUAAGUCAACCGGUCAUAGUAAGUACGCUUUGGAGGAAAAAGAUGAAGUCGUGUAAACAUCAGGUUUCAUCUUUCCUACGAGUUUUGACUGUUAAACGGUAUCAUUAACCUCGAACAUUAUCAUAAUCCCUGAAAUCCAGGUACUUUAACAAAAUAUCCGACAAGGCAUUCAACUAGAUUUCUAGCUAAAUUUUCGUGAUAUUACAAAGUAUAAUAUUUAGAACAUAUGUUUUCAACAAAAGAGUGAACACUUGGUAAGUAAAUACAGGUUGCAUUUUUAAACCCUGUUCCCUAAAUUUAAUCAUACUGAGAUCAUAUUAUGAUUAUUUACUUAUCUGAUUUUAGUGACUAAUUUUGAGUUAUUAAAUUCCCCUUUGAAUAAUAUAGGGAAUCGUCUUAUGAUAGUAAUUACUGUUUUUGAAAUACUUCUAAUUUUACUAGAGUAUCAUCAUUUGAAUUAUUCUGAUUUUUUUAGAUUUUCGAUGGCUAAAUGGAUAUUUGUUCUUAACAUCAGUAAAACUGUGAAAUUAGAUUUUAAUACCUGUUUAAAUCAUAAGAAAACAUUACGUUUAAUAAGAGUGUGGAAUAGCCAUGGUGACUAGUGUAAGUCAGCAUAAAUUUAUGCCUGAAGCCUCCUAUUAAGUACCUCCAACGAACAAAGAAAGAAAGAUUUGUCAUAUCUAGAUGAUAUUUGUUAGAAAUAUAUGUUAUCAGAACAGAUUAAUACGUCGUUUCUGCUUCGAUUAAUAGUUAUCUUAAAUCAUUCAGAGACAUAAUAUACAUUAUUAUAACUGCAAUACUUAAUGAGAAAUAAUUUUUUAUUUGUCGAACGUGUACAUCAGUUCUCUUAUAUGUAAACCGAUUUACAACAUUGAGUAUUUAAUGAUACAUUGAAAAAUAGAAGCUUUUCCAGUUAAGAAAUAUUUCUUUUAAUAAGGCUCAGAUAUGACUUACUUUAGGGGUGUAUGUAAGUGACUUUGCUGGAUUUUCCAAUGAUAAGUCUGAUUUAAUAUAAUAACUAGGAACGUUAUAUAAUCUCUAAGAAUAAACAACGUAUGGGAUCACUUCUGACUACUAUUAAAACAUUGAUUAUUUCAAAUCAACUCGAUUCAUACAAUCUACUCAUAAUUAUCUUUAACAUAAAAUGACUUACUCCUCAACUGAUACUUCAUUCUGCUCCUAUUACUUUGUAUUUUAUUCAGUUAUAUUUAAUUAGAUUUUGGAAUUUAACACUGAGUGAGCAUGAGAUUUUACUAGAGCUUACCAUUUUGAAGUAGUUUUAAAAUAUAGGUUGACUUAUGUUUUUACUGAUUACAAAUGGACUAGAUUGGUUAUGUAGGUAAACACAUUUCAUUAACCUCUCAAUACUACUCAGUAAUAACUUGGCGACUUUUGGAUCUCACAUUUUUACCAAUGCAUCAACUGAGCUCUUUAGUUAGGACAAAACAUUAAGCAAUAAGAACUGUUAAAGUGUGAAAAAUAGCAGUAAUAGCUAUUCUCCGUCGUAAUUAUCCGGGUCUUCUGAAACAAAACCAAAUACAGUUAUUUAAUCCUUUUCUAAAAUCUAUCAGUGACUUGUAUUAGGUAACUAAAUAGUUUGAAAUUGAUAAUUCCAUUUAAAACAAACUAACCAUGAAUAGAUAAAUUAAACAAAGGAUUUCUUAGAUUCUUUACAUUAACAGUCAUCAAUACUGUUAGUAACAUGAAAGUAAUUUGAAUAAUAAAAUUUGCAAUAUUCACUUAUUUAUCCUGGUAUUAAUUUAAAUAACCGGUUACUAAUAAUCAUGUAUAUAAUAAUAUUGAGUAACAUAUAUUCAAUAUCAUUCAUACUACCAUUCAUAUCCUCUAUAUUCAAAGUAUCUACCUAGGAAGAAUAAAGAAUCCAAAAUAUUUAUUCAACAUGAUUAUUAAUUUAAACUAGAAUUAUGAUUUGUAAGCAAUGAUGGAUAGUGGCUAACAGUGGAAUCCAGGACGCGCGUUUCGUCCUGUUUGGGACUCGUCAGCUGGAUGUACCUGCAUCUCAGAGAGUUGAUGUUCACUCCAUUGCACAAGCAAGUGGCUAUCAGGACUCCGUAGCUGAGUGGAUAACGCGAUGGCGUUUGAAGCGAAUGGUACUGAGUUCGAGUCUCAGAGUGAACAUCAACUCUCUGAGAUACAGGUACAUCUAGCUGACGAGUCUCAAAUAGGACGAAACGCGCUUCCUGGAUUCCACUGCUAGCCACUAUCCAUCAUUGCUUACAAAAAGCUUGUGAAUUAAGGUAAUAUCGAGGCAUACGCACAGUAUGUAUAUAUGCCAAUAACAGACUGAUCGAUUGCAGUCUUAAACCUCAAUGGGAGGAUACAAGUCAAACAAUACCAAGUGAAUUAGAAUUAUGGUUGAAGUAUAUUCAUGGACAAAAAACAGACCAUAGAAACUGUAGAAGAGUUUUACAUCGAAUUAUGUUGAUUAAUAUAAUUUGCAUGAUAUUAGUUUGAAUUCAGUUUUUUUUUCUAGAUUUGAUUUUAAGUUCAUUGAAUAGUUUGUUUUUUUUAAUUUAAAUGAUUGUGUGUAUUUUUUUUUGUGUUUUCUCUUUUUCCCGCUUGUUUCAUCGUAUCUAAUCAUAAAUUUCUUUGGAUCUAUCCUUUUAUAACAUACACUAUUCAAUAAACUACAAGAAUACACCUAAAUAAUAGUUUAC